CACGCUUGUCGAGCUUACUCCCAACUCACAAUGCCACCCCGCGAGGCUUACUACGUGCCCUUUGACGGCCCCUCGGACGUUCCAUCGCCUCUCACGCCACCACACUGGCUUCCCCUCGCACCGCACCCAGGCAACCCCGCUCCACGAGCCCCGGUCCGCCCAGCGCUGCCCUCUCCGCCAGAGGGGUGGACGCGGACCUUCCACGCGGUGCCAGCAGCAUAUCCGCGGCAGCUGAAGGAGGCGCACGGAUCACACUCGCGCGACUCGCACCCGUUCCGUGACGAUGGGCCAGAGCCUACAACGAGUGCGGAGCGCAGGGAGCGCGCAGAAAAGGAGGCGUUCUCCGCUGCACACUCGAGAUGGGGGGGCACUGAGUGGGACAUGGAAGAGGCACUAGCUGCCGCACCGAAGGGCCUGUUUGUGGCUGCUGAGCGGUGGCGCCGCGACAAGCCGAGGGGAGGACACACAGUCGUGUGCUCGCACGCGAACGGAAUGCAGAAAGAGCAUUGGCAGCCAGUGAUGCGGCGGAUUAUUGCGGCUGAGGCCGGCGAGCCAGGUUAUAUCUUUGGCACGGACCGCCCGCUCCCCGCAACACCCAUGGUUCUGGACGACAUCUGGAUGCUUGACGAUGCGAAUCACGGCGCGAGUGUCGACCUCAAUGCCGGCCUCCUGGGCCCCGCCCAGAUCUGGGACGACACGGCGCGCGACCUCCUCAACUUUAUCGUGCACGUCCUUCCGGGCGUCAAGGCCGACGACUCCAUGUCCAGCGCUUGCAUGCCCUGGAACCAGCCAUGGCAGCUCCAGUGGCGGCGCGACGGCGAGUACCCGCCCGUCAAGGUGAUCGGGUUUGGCGCGAGCUUCGGCGGCAUGGCGCAGGUGCGUGCGGCGGCCGCCGCGCCAGAUCGGUACGCCGGCAUCUUCCUGGCGGACCCCAUGCUCCCGCCUCGCACGCGGACGUGGGAGGGCGUGCUGGCAGAGCCUGAGGUCAUGCUCCUGCGAGUGCGGCAGGCGCUCAAGCGCCGCGACGCGUGGCGGUCUCGGGACGAGGCGCGGCAGAGCCUCCUCCAGAGUCCGUUCUACGCCGCGUUCCACCCCGAGGCGUUUGAUCUUGUUGUCUCGCACGGGCUCGUGCGCAAGCCCGGUAGCGAGGAGGUGACGCUCGCCACACCGGCGUGGUGCGAGGCCGCCGUGUUCUGCGAGGGCGUGGCGCACGCGCGCGGGUGGGAUAAAAUGCCCGGGCUGCGGGUGCCGAUUGCGUUCUAUAUGGCACGCGAGAACGACCGUACGAUGGGCGACAAGAUGACGCGCGAGAUUGUGUGGCGCGCGCCGCUUGCACGCAAUGAGCGCAGCAUGAGUGCCGGACACCUGCUCGUGCAGGAGGACCCGGUGGGGACGGCGGAGGCGGCGAAGCGCUUCCUCGCCACCCUGGCGAGUGGCAGAUGGGGUAGCAGCCCAGAAGAAAUCCGUGCGAGCUAUGAACAGGAGACCAAGGCUAGAUUGUAGGCAUGAAAAGCAUAUCGCGC